AUGGGUUUGUGGACAGCCCUGCUUCUGGCCUGGCAGCUGCUAGUAAAACUGUGCUUACACGUGGAAGCCCAGGCUUUAGUCUAUGAUCUGCUCACCUCACCCGAUUGCCUGCCAGACCUGCUGCAGGGGGGUCUGGUGGAGCAAGGGGUGAACGACGCUUUCAUCCUAACCACCUUCAAGUUGCAGCCCAAGACUGGAACCACUGUGUUUGGCCUGUACAACCCAAGAGACAACACCAAAUACUUUGAGUUCACUGUGAUGGGGAAGCUCAACAGAGCUGUGCUACGCUACCAGCGGAGUGACAAGAGGAUGAGCUCAGUAACCUUCAACAACCUGGUGCUGGCAGACGGCCAAAUACACCGACUGUUGUUCCAUCUGAAGGGACUGCAGCAGCAGGGGCCAGGCGGGGUGGAGCUGCAUCUGGACUGCAGGCUGGUGGAGACAGUCAGGGAUCUCCCUGCUGCGUUCCAGGGUUUGCCAGCAGGCUAUGGUAUGGUGGAGCUAAAGACCAUGCAAGCCAGAGACCAGGAAAGUUUAGAUGAGCUCAAGCUGGUUGUUGGUGACUCAUUUGAGAAUGUGGCUUCAUUACAAGACUGCCAUUUCCAACAAAGAGACUCCGUUCAAACUCUGGGGGUCAACACAAAGCAGCUGUCCAAUCAAAUGCUGGACUUAACGAAGGUGAUAAAUGAGCUGAAAGAUGUCCUCAUUCAGCAGGUCAAAGAGACCUCAUUUCUCAGAAACACUAUCUCAGAGUGUCAGGCCUGUGGUCUUGGUGGAAAUGACCUUGGUGCAACAGAGAAACCAAAGUGUGCCCCGGGUGCCUGUUUCCGUGACGAUAUGUGUAUAGAGACAACAGAUGGUAUCGAGUGUGGACCCUGUCCUGAUGGAUACACGGGAGACGGUUUCAACUGUGACGAUGUAGAUGAGUGCCAGUUUAACCCCUGCUUCCCUGGAGUGAAGUGUGUGAACACGGCCCCGGGCUACCGCUGUGACGCCUGUCCUCUGGGCUACACCGGCCAGCCAGUGGAGGGUGUGGGUGUUUUGUUUGCCCAGACCAACAAACAGGUCUGCGACGACAUUGACGAAUGCGAAGGACCCAACAACGGAGGCUGCACUUCAAACUCAAUGUGUCACAACUCUGUGGGCUCUUACAACUGUGGCAGCUGUAAGUCAGGCUUCACAGGAGAUCAGGUGAAGGGAUGUAAGCCAGAGAUCAGCUGUGCCAACAGCCUGACCAACCCCUGUGAUGCCAAUGCCCAGUGCAUUCUAGAAAGAGAUGGGUCAGUCUUUUGUCAGUGUGGAAUUGGCUGGGCCGGUAAUGGAUACUUGUGCGGGAAGGAUACCGACAUUGAUGGAUACCCAGAUGAGAAGCUCAAAUGCAAGGAUUCCAGCUGCAGAAAGGAUAACUGCAUGUUCGUUCCUAACUCUGGGCAAGAAGAUGCUGACAAGGAUGGCUAUGGAGACGCCUGUGACGACGAUGCAGAUGGUGAUGGUAUUCCAAACGAGCAGGACAACUGCUGGUUAAAGCCUAACUUGGACCAGAAGAACAGUGAUAAGGACAGCCACGGCGAUGCCUGUGAUAACUGUCGCAUGGUGGAGAACCCUGACCAGAGGGACACUGACAGCGACGGCAAAGGGGACGCCUGUGAUGACGACAUGGAUGGAGAUGGUCUGAAGAAUUUCCUGGACAACUGCCAGCGUGUCAAGAACAAAGACCAGCUGGACCGGGACGGAGACGGGGUAGGAGAUGCCUGCGACAGCUGCCCUGACAUCCCCAACCCAAACCAGUCUGAUAUUGAUAAUGACCUGGUUGGAGACUCCUGUGACACAAACCAAGACAGUGAUGGCGACGGUCACCAGGAUACCAAAGAUAAUUGCCCGUUCGUGAUCAAUAGUUCCCAGCUGGACACUGACAAAGAUGGGCAGGGUGAUGAGUGUGACGAUGAUGAUGACAAUGAUGGAAUCCCAGAUUCAUUGCCACCAGGACCAGACAACUGUCGACUCGUACCAAACCCUGACCAGAUUGAUGACAACAAUGAUGGAGUUGGAGAUAUCUGUGAGUCUGACUUUGAUCAGGACAAAGUGAUCGACAGAAUUGACAACUGCCCUGAGAACGCUGAGGUUACCUUGACUGACUUCAGGGCCUAUCAGACAGUGGUGCUGGACCCUGAGGGUGAUGCUCAGAUUGACCCCAACUGGGUUGUUUUGAACCAGGGAAUGGAAAUUGUUCAGACCAUGAAUAGCGACCCAGGACUUGCUGUUGGUUACACGGCCUUCAGUGGUGUGGACUUUGAGGGGACGUUUCACGUGAAUACAGUGACUGAUGACGACUACGCCGGCUUCAUUUUUGGCUACCAGGACUCAUCCUCUUUCUAUGUUGUGAUGUGGAAGCAGACUGAACAGACCUACUGGCAGGCAACACCGUUCAGAGCUGUGGCUGAGCCCGGCAUCCAGCUUAAGGCUGUGAAGUCGAAAUCGGGCCCUGGGGAGCAUUUGAGAAACUCACUGUGGCACACCGGAGACACCAGCGACCAGGUGCGUCUGCUGUGGAAGGAUCCAAGAAAUGUUGGCUGGAAGGACAAGGUGUCCUACCGUUGGUACCUGCAGCACCGACCACAGGUUGGGUACAUCAGGGCUCGAUUUUAUGAGGGAACUGAGCUGGUGGCUGACUCUGGUGUGACUAUUGACACGACCAUGAGGGGAGGACGACUUGGCGUGUUCUGCUUCUCUCAAGAAAACAUCAUCUGGUCUAAUUUGAAAUACCGCUGCAAUGAUACUAUCCCUGAGGAUUUCCAGGAGUUCAGCACUCAGCACGGCGUUGACUCACUCUAAAGUCAAAACAAAGAUAUGACACCAGAUCAACAAAGAAUGUGUGACGGGGUGUAUGUAUGUAAAUGUGUGUGCUUGUGGGAGAGUGUGGGAUAUGUGUCUAUGUGUAUUGAUGUGUACAGUUUCUGUGCAUAU